AUGUGGAUAUUAAAAAAAAUAAGUGGAAUUGGACUCCUCAUUGGAUCAGUCAGAGCAGAUGACUUCGACUACGAGGAAGAGGAGAGGAAGCAGAGCAUCGUGGACGAGACAAUGAUCAAGGAAGUUCAUGUCACGUCGUACACCGUGGCAGUUGAGUUUGCAACACCAAAAAUGAUACGAUCGGUCGCACUGAGAAGCAAGGAGGCAGAGAAGGUGGUUGCCAGCUUCGACGAGUCCACCUACGUCUACGGAAUGGAUGGAGAGAACAAGGACUGUCUUCUCGAGGACGUGACAAAAAGCACCAGAUUUCUGGUGCUUUCUUCCUUCCUGGAAUUGAGAACAAAUUUGUACAAAAGAACCCUAAACCCAAAUCACACCGUGGUUACGGCAGUGAUCAAGAACUUCAUUGCCCUGAAGCCGUGGUUCAAGGACAGGCUUCUUCCAACUUCCACAGUCUACGACUGCGUCAAGUUGGUCUGUAGGCAGUACGCAUUCGUAUCACUUCAGGAGCUGUUGGGCGUGUUGACCAAGGAUGCUGGAACACAGAAAGGGGUGGAUAGUCGCUACUGGUUCGAGAUGAAGGCGUACGAUCCACGGUACAACAUUCUGGUUGAAACCAAGUCAAACUACUUCAUGGUGAUCAGGAACAAAAAGGAGGCAGAUCAGCCAAUCACAGGAAUUGAGAUGCUGAAGGAGUCGCCAUUUGCAGCAGCAGACACGAAGAGCGAGAAGUUCAGGUCGUGGUGGAGAAGACACAAGUUCGCAAUUGCAUUUGGGGUGGUGUUGCCCCUCUUUCUGGUGAUCGUGAUUGUGACUGUUCUCAUAAAAUAUAGAAGAGAAAAGGCAAAACACUACACAAUACUGGAUUUGUAG